CGUUUCCGGGCGGCUGAUUCGAGGACUUGUUUUGUCACAAGUGGAGACUGUGGAAAACUCCCUUAGGUGGGCCAUGCCGUCCGAGGGUCGCUGCUGGGAGACUCUGCAGGCGCUGCGCAGUUCUGAGAAAGGUCGACUCUGCUACCACCGCGACUGGCUGCUGCGGGGCGAGGAUGUCUUGGAAGAAUGUAUGUCUCUUCCCAAGCUGUCUUCCUACUCCGGCUGGGUGGUAGACCAUGUCUUACCUCACGCACAAGAGAACCCACUUUCUUCUGAGACCUCAGCAUCCUCUAGAUCCGCCUCUGCCCUCGACCAACCUUCAUGUGUUCCCGGAUCACCUGUCAGAACCCCUGCCUGCUCACCGUCCUCCUCAGCAACUCCAGAUGGACCCGAGGGCAAACAUGAGUCCCGGCAUACAGAACCUAUGGUACUUCAGUCCUCCCGGGGGAUCCAGGUGGAAGGCUGCAUCCGAAUGUAUGAGCUCGUACACAGGAUGAGAGGGACAGAGGGCCUGCGGCAGUGGCAAGAGGAGCAGGAGAGGAAGGUUCGAGCCCUCUCCGAGAUGGCAUGUGAGCAGCUGAAGCGCUUUGACGAGCGGAAGGAGCUACAGCAUCAUAAGGAGCUCCGGGACUUCCGGGAAGUGAUGGAGAAGAGCUCCAGAGAGGCCCUGGGCCACCAAGAGAAGCUGAAAGCUGAGCAUCGUCACAGAGCGAAGAUUCUCAACCUGAAGCUGCGGGAGGCCGAGCAGCAGCGGCUGAAGCAGGCGGAGCAGGAGCGGCUGCGCAAGGAAGAAGGCCAGGCCCGCCUGCGGAGCCUCUACGCCCUGCAGGAGGAGGUGCUGCACCUCAACCAGCAGCUGGACGCCUCCGAGGCCCAGCCGCACGGGGACCCGCUGAACCUCGACCCGGCUGCCCUCCGGACCCGAGGCAACCAGCUGUGCGGCCUUGUCUCGGGGAUCAUUCGGGCCACGUCUGAGAACGGCUUUCCCACAGCAGAGGACCAGGCUGUGGCAGAGAGAGCCCUGCAGGAAAUGCGGGACCUCCUGACAAGCUUGCAGCAGGAGAUCGCCAGGGCCUGUGAGAACAAGAGGAAGCAGGAUGAGGAGGCAGCCCGAGAAAAGCGGCAGGAGUCAAAGAUGCAGCAGGGCCCGGAGGUCCCCAGAGAGGCCCCAGCUCCCAGCCAGGGCCCAGGAGGGAAACAGAAUGAAGACCUCCAGGUAAAGGUACAGGACAGUACAAUGCAGUGGUACCAGCAGCUGCAGGAUGCUUCUAGUCAGUGCGUGUUGGCCUUUGAGGAACUGACCAACAGCAAAGACAGUCAGGUCAAAAAGAUAAAGAUGGACCUCCAGAAGGCUGCCACCAUCCCAGUGAGCCAAAUCUCCGCCAUUGCAGGCUCAAAGCUGAAGGAGAUCUUCGACAAGAUCCACAGCCUGCUCUCUGGAAAACCCGUUCAGUGUGGCGGGCGCUCUGUGUCCGUCACCCUGAACCCACAGGGCCUGGACUUCGUGCAGUACAAGCUGGCGGAGAAAUUCGUGAAACAAGGAGAGGAAGAGGUGGCCUCUCACCACGAGGCAGCAUUCCCCAUCGCGGUCGUGGCGUCCGGAAUCUGGGAGCUCCACCCCAGAGUGGGCGACCUCAUUCUCGCUCACCUCCACAGGAAGUGCCCCUACUCUGUUCCCUUCUACCCGGCUUUCAAGGAGGGAAUGGCGUUGGAAGACUAUCAGAGGAUGCUCGGCUACCAAGUGAAGGACUCCAAAGUGGAACAGCAGGACAAUUUUCUGAAGCGCAUGUCUGGGAUGAUCCGACUCUACGCCGCUAUCAUCCAGCUCCGGUGGCCGUACGGGAGCCGGCAGGAGAUUCAUCCUCAUGGUUUAAAUCAUGGCUGGCGCUGGUUGGCACAAAUCUUAAAUAUGGAACCCCUGUCAGAUGUGACAGCCACCCUCCUCUUCGACUUCUUGGAGGUGUGUGGGAAUGCCCUCAUGAAGCAGUACCAGGUACAGUUCUGGAAGAUGAUACUUCUCAUCAAAGAAGACUACUUCCCCAGGAUUGAAGCCAUCACAAGCUCAGGACAGAUGGGUUCCUUCAUACGCCUCAAGCAGUUCUUAGAGAAAUGUUUGCAGCGCAAGGAGAUUCCUGUCCCCAAGGGCUUUCUGACUUCCUCCUUCUGGCGUUCCUGACGGCCCUCUGUCGCCUGCUCACCAUCACCGUUUUGUUUGAGAGGGACAAUAAUAAAGCAACUGAAAAC